AUGGAGUGUCAGAGAUGUCCCGUAACAGCCAAAACCCUAGCGACUGUUUUGUCGAGGAAGGAAAAGUUUUGCGAUGAGUGCUUCAUUAAGUUCGUUAGUACUAAGCAAAGAAAGCAAAUGAUGAAAGAUGAAUUUUUCAGAAACUUGUUCAAGGUCGUAUAUCCGCUCGAAAAAGAAGGUUCUGUUGGAAAAAUAUUGUUGCCCUUGUCACUUUCUGACUCAGGAUCCUUAGUUAUGCUAGAUAUAGUCCAUGAUUUGUUAUUGGAGCAGAACAAACAGCACAACAAUCACACGGGUUUCACGGUCGAUAUACUUACCAUAUCAACCGAGGACAAUCUUCCUAUUAUUAAAGAGCAAAUGAAAUUACUGAUCAAGGAAAAAAUGCUAGAACUGAAUGAAAUAUCCGACAUAUAUAAAGUUCACUUCAUUGAUAUAAAUGAAUUUUUCAAUAGCACAUCGAGCGUAUCGAAUUUGAUCAUCGACGAUGGAAAUUUUGAAAUUUUUGCUAAAUCCAGGUCGGUGGGUAAUGAGGAUAAGUUAUCUUUGAAGGAAAUAUUAAGCGAAUAUUGUUUAAACAACUCAUCUAGAACUGACCUAACGUCGAUUAUGAAAACCCAAUUAAUCAAACAUUUUGCAUUUGAAAAUGGCAACGAUGCUAUUUUGUGGGGCCACUCCAUGACAAAGCUAUCUGAGGUGAUCAUUUCUCUUGUGGUGAAAGGUAAAGGUUCUCAAAUAGCCACUUUCUUAGACUCUGAAUCUUUUGACACAUUGGACAAUAAGCCAUGUAAUUAUAAAAACUUAUAUCCAAUGAAAGAUCUACUAUCGGUUGAAAUCGAAAGUUUCCUGCAAAUUAAAAACAUGACCAAAUUCCUCAUCAACGUUGAAGAAACUAACUCCAAACCCAACUGUUUAGUUUCGAAGAAACCAACAUCGGCGAUCAAUCAACAAAAACUAAUCAAGAACAUGACAAUCAAUGAAAUUACUACCAAAUAUUUCCAAGAUAUUCAAAACGAUUAUUCGAAUAUAAUAUCAACGGUUUUAAGAACCGCAGAUAAACUAGCAGAGCCUAAACCUAGUACAACAAAGACAUCGCAAUGUCAAAUAUGCCAAUCUAAAAUCUAUACUAACCCAUCGAAUUGGCUGGAUAGAAUUACGGUCACUACACCUUAUCCUAGAGAGACCACCGAGGAAGAACAUUUAUUCAAGCAGUGGCAAGAUUCGAAAUUAGGACAAUCUCACACUCAUUAUGUUGAAUUGUUAAACGAAAUAAAAAGGGACUCCAUAAAUAGUGAUGAUGACAGUGAUAAUAAUGAUAUGAAAUUGUGCUAUGGUUGUCUAAUUUUAUUGAACACAAGCAUUAAGGAUAAAAAUUUAGUCUGGCCCAGAGUCAAUACUAUGAGUAGUUUAGUGAAUCCAACUAGUGAAGAUAAGGAGCUAAAUGAUAUACUGGAUCAAUUCGAAAUUACUUCCGAUGUCGAAGAGUGA